CUUUAUUUGGGUCAUCUUGGGUCGUAAAGUAGGUCAUAAUAUCAAAUCAAAGGAAAGCCAUGCAAACCAUGCAUUCCUAUCGAAAAGUCACUGUUUUGUUAGGAAUUGAUUUUUUUUCUCAGAAUGUUAAUAGUAAACUUGAAUUACACUCAAGUGAGCGAUUGAGCGUCACCAUAUCCCUUUUGUUUUAUAAUGGUUUGCAGAAUUGAUAAAAAUAUUCAUAAUAUCAACUGAUGAUGCUAAUGAUGAUAAUGACGAAGAAGAAGAUGAUGACGGUGACGACGAGGACGACAACAAAGACGGAGAUGAUGAUGAUAAUGAUGAUGACGACGACGACGACGAAGAGUUGUUGUUAAGCUUGUUAUUUCGUUUUUUACCAUCUGUAUCAUUGUUUCAUCUGAUAAAAUCCCUGUUAUCUUGGCAGUAAUAUCUGCUUUAUAUGGUAAUAUAUAUUCUAUCAUCAAGAUUGUUUACCUCGUAAAUUACCUCCUGAAUGUCGCUUAAUCCUUGCCAUACUUAAUAUCUUAAAUGGACUUGUCAACCCAUUAUUUUGGACACAUACAUAAGCCUACGUCAUUGUUAGAGAAAUUAACAAAAUAAGUACUGACUGAAUAGCGAACAGUUCAGACCAUGAUCAGUUUGUAUGGAAGUGCCCACUGGUCUUGAUCUGCACUGGUCGCACAGGACUGGUGGUAAUAGAUGUCGCCAGGAGACUAAAGGUUUGUAUAAAGCUAUGUAAAUUAUAAUAACUGUAAUGUUUAUUUUGUAUCAAUGUAGAUGUCAGUGAAUAUAAAUGAAGUUUUAUGUUCAUUCUUUUAUUUUCAUUCAAUAGACAUUCAAUUUCAUCAGCCUUUGCAGCCUUUGUGACAAAUCAGAAUAUGAAAAUUCAAUGGGAGAGUUUCGAGAUGUUUUGUAUUUACAAUGUACUUUAAGUUGCGUUCUUUACGAGCCUUUACCUUAACAUAUAUCAGGACUUUUGUUUCAGUAGAUAGUAUUUGUAAUUGUAUUACAGGAGUUAAAACUCAUCAUUUGAUGCUAGGUUAUAAUAUCAAUCCUUAAAUUUUUUAUUCAUUAAAUUUGUCUUUGAGGUUGAACAACGUGCAGCACCCAUCACUUGAAAAUUGGUUUAUCACUCUUGUAUUAUACGUGAUUGACUGGCCUAUUUCAGGAGUAAUUUUUAAAGAAACACUAAUUAAAACAUGUGAUAAGUGCAUACAAAUUAAUCUAAAACUGUGAGGGUGUACGUUUAUUUUAUUUUAUUGAUUUUCUUUUUAUUUCGCGAUUGGAUGGUCACUUUCCGUUUCAAAAAGGACUUAGUACUACCAAAUAUAAUUACACGCCGUUCUUACGAAGCACCAAGCACGUUGUGAAUGUAAAUAAAGAAAUGUCAAAAUAUUGAUAAAUUCACUGUCUCGUUUCUAUCUAUGUACAUUUUACAACAGGUUCCUUUACUGAACAAUUUUGUAUGGCUUAUGUUUGCGUGGUUAUUUAAAAUAAUAUUGAUUUCUUCUGAAGAUGAAGAUGUACGCGACCGAUCAAGCACAGUAGGCCUACAUGUAGAUCUACUUCCGUGUUUCAUUUAUAACGUCAUAAGUCAUAGUUAUAUUUAUCAAAAAUCGUUUUCGCUUUUCUAUAAAAACUUGAAACUUAUAUUUGUAACUUUUAGUGUAAUGUCAAGCUUUGCUCAGUAUACAUAUUAUAUUACUCUUAAGUACAUGUAGGUGUAAUUUGUAAAAGGGAAGUUGGAAUAAUUAGAGAAAUGAAAGUACAUAAAGUUGGUAAAGUUGAAUCAAAUGAUGGAAAAGUUUUGAGGAUAGUUCAUAUAUCAGAUACACACAUGAGACAUGACCAGUAUUUAGAAUCAAUACCAAAGGGUGAUAUACUGAUUCACUCGGGUGACUUCUCAGCAUUUUCAGUUGGAAGAUAUUUUGGAAAUAAAAGUCGAGAUAGGGAAGAAAUGAUUAGAGAGAUAAACUCAUUUUUCCAGAAGCUUCCAUUCAAACAUAGGAUUCUAGUUGCUGGUAAUCAUGAAAUGAGUUUUGAUCGUGAACAUAGACAAUUUAUAGAAGAACAAUUGACUGAAGUUGUUUACCUCCAAGAUAAGAUGGUCACUAUUGAAGGUUUAAACAUAUAUGGAACACCAUGGAAUAUAAAACGGGUGGUGUCCUACGCAAGAGGUUUUGCUAAACCAAAGAAUGCUCUGGAUAAAUAUUGGAAAUUGAUACCAUCAGAAACAGAUAUACUCGUCACACAUUUACCACCAGAGGGAAUUUUAGACUUAGGCAAAAAAAGCUUUGCUGGAAUCAGAAAUUUGUUUUCAUCCAAUGACCCAUGCAAUGUAUGUGGAGAUGUACAUGAAACGAAAGAACAUUGGGGAUGUAGGGGAUUAAAAAGAACUGUCUUCAAAAGAGUAAGGCCAACCUUACAUCUAUUUGGUCAUGUACAUGAAGAAAAUGGUGUAACGACUGCUGACGGCAUAACAUUUUCAAAUGCAGCAAUGAAACUUAUAGACAACAUUAAUGUUUUUGAUUAUUACUUGUGAUAAUGGCUUUAUAAUAGUUUAAGUUGAUAAAUGUUAGGAAAUACUAGAUGCAACCAUGUUAAAUUAUCAAAGAAGAUCAUAUAUGUUUGUAAUGAUAUAUGCACUGAACAUUUAACUACCUCACAAGACAGACUUAUUUUACAGUGCUGUUAAUCAACCCUCAACAAGUUCAGGAAUUUAUUUUACCAUCUAUUAUCUAUUGUGUUAGACAUAGAUACAGAAAAUCUUUGUGAAAUCUUUGUGACAUGGGAAAGUUUAAUAGUGUUAAAAAGAGAAUUUUACACUCUUCUUAACCAACCUUGAACAAAUUUAAGAACCCAUAUUUCCUCCUGGACCAAAUCAUUUUUAGGGAAAAUUUAUUAUAUGUACUGACUGAAAAGCGUUAAAUGUAGACCAUGAUCUUGUGCAGCACUGGUCACAUUUGUAGAUUCAGUGAGACUAAAAAAAGGAUUGAGUACCACACUAAAUACCAUAUUCAGGUAUAUACCGACAACAGGGCUUGAAUGAUAUAAUGCUUAAAUCAUGCCUUUUUACCCAAUGGAAUAACUUUAAAAGGUCUAAUUCAUCUUUUCACACCAAUUUUUGUAUGUAAAUUAAUGCAUGAAAAAUGUAAUAAUUGGUGAAAAAACGAUAUUUGUCUAUUUUGUUAUCAUGAUUGUUUGCAAGCCUCUAGAGGUACCGCUCCAAUCCUGUAUUGAGUUAAAUCCUUGUAGAUUCAGUUGCCACAAGCAAGCAUAUUGUUAUAAAAUGGAUGAAAGAACAUUGAUAUGGGUAUAUGAGAUUAAAGAUACAUGUACAAGAGAAAAAUAUAUUUUCACAUUUAUAGAAUUAUAUGGGCAAAAAGUAUGUAUUCAAUAAAAACUCCUACAUACAUUCUACCAUUCAUAAUGAGUCAGACAAAAAGAUGGAUUUUUUUCCGACCAUAUAUUUACAAUAUAUUUUUGGAAACAGGUUUGGCAUUCAGGGACUUGGGUUUUAAGUUACGUCAAUGUAAAGGUACAUUAUAUUUAUAUUGUGACCCUCCAACUUCACUGUCAAAGGAAGAUUCUAGGUGCAUUCUCCAUGCAUUAUGAAAUCAGAGUGAAUUGCCAAAUUGAUACAUAUAUUUAUAAUAUCUUUAUUUUCUAGUAAUGACGACUGUAGCAGGAACAUUGAUAUAUUCGAAUUAUUAAUCCAUAGUUUAUGCAGGUUUUAUGUCAUUCAUUAGUUUACAUUUUUAGAUUUUCUUUUUGAACAACAGAUCCUCAGUAUAAACUAUUUGCUAUUUUAGACAUGCAUGUAUGUAUUAUCUCCCUUUUUCCAACUUUUUUAAUGAAACACAUUUUUAUAAUGAUAAAUUCAGCUCUUACUUACCAUAUAAUUUUACUGAUAAAUAAAAAUUUUCUAAUAUAAAAUGUAAAAAAAAAUUGAGUACAUUGUUAAUUUGUUGGUGUUCUACAUAAUUUGUUACCAAUCAUUUUUUAGCUCACCAGAGCCAAAGGCUCAGGGUGAGCUAUUAAUUAGUAUCAAAGGGGGAUGCUCCGUCGUCCGUCGUCAUGUGUCAACAAUCGUCUUCUUCUCUGAAACUACUGGACAGAUUUACUUCAAAUUUGGUCUGUAGCAUCCUUGUGACAGUCACACUUGAAUUUGCUCAUGUCAUUCCAAUUGGCCCCUUUUAGGGGUCAGGAGAGCUAAAAAUAGAAAAACCUUUAAACAUCUUCUUCUACAGAACUAAUGAAUGGAUGAUCACCAAACUUUGUCUGUAGCAUUCUUAAGUAGUCUUUUAUCAAGUUUGCUCAUAUUAAUUUGAUUGGCCCCUUUUAGGGGCCGCAAAAGCUAAAAAUAGAAAUACCUUUAAAUCCUUUAAAUGUCUAUUUCUAGAGAAUAUUUGAUGGAAGAUCACCAAACUUUGUCUGUAGCAUUCUUGGAUAGUCUUUUAUCAAGUUUGCUCAUAUUCAUUUGAUUAGCCCCUUUUAGGGGUCUCUAUAGCUAAAAAUAGAAAUACCGUUAAAUGUCUAUUUCUAGAGAACUAAUUGAUGGAUGAUCACCAAUCUUUGUCUGCAGCAUUCUUGGGUAGUCUUUUAUCAAGUUUGCUCAUAUGAAUUUGGUUGGCCCCUUUUAGGGGCCGCUUAAACUAAAAAUAGAAAUACCUUUAAAUGUCUAUUUCUACAGAACUUAUUGAUGGAUGAGCAUCAAACUUUGUCUGAAGCAUUGUUUGGUAGUCUUUUUAUUAUUUUGAUUGGCCCCUUUUAGGGGCCGCUAUAAUUAAAAAUAGAAAUACGUUUAAACAUCUUUUCCUACAGAACUUAUUAAUAGAUGAUCACCAAAUUUUGUCUGUAGCAUUUUUGGGUAAUCUUUUAUCAAAUUUGCUCAUAUUAAUUUGAUUGGCCCCUUUUAGGGGCCGCUAAAACUAAAAAUAGAAAAACCUUUAAACAUCUUCUACUUCAGAACCAAUUGAUGGAUGAUCACCAAACUUUGUCUGUAGCAUUCUUGGGUACCCUUUUAUCAAGUUUGCUCAUAUUAAUUUGAUUAGCCCAUUUUAGGGGCCACUUAAGCUAAAAAUAGAAAAAAACUUUGAAUAUCAUUUCCUACUGAAAUAAUUGAUAAAUGAUCACCAAACUUUGAAGCAUUCUUAAGUAGUCUUUUAUGAAGUUUGCUCAUAUUAAUUUGAUUAGCCCCGUUUAAGCUAAAGCUUAAAUACCCCAGGUCAUGGCAAUUCUUCAAAUUAUUGUUUAAACAUAUUCUAUGCUCAAAUUUAAUAUAGAAUGUAUUGACAUUUCAACACUGAAAAGCAGUUGUUUCUGGUGAGCGACUCAGGGCCAUCAUGGCCCUCUUGUUUAGGUAUUUAUUUUUUGUUUGUUUUUUUAUUACUCCUCCUGACCAGAAUGCUCACUGAUAUGUUGAUACAAUAAAUAAUUAACCCAAAGUUUUCUU